AUUUGAAAUCCUUAGUUGUUGCAUGAAUUCUGUGGUUUUAAAAUCUGAAGUUCAGCAUUAGUCUGUCAUAUCCAUGCUUCAUAUCAGUUACAGUACCUGAAAUAAAUUGACAGGGUCAUGGAGCAGACAUGUGCAGAAGUGGAUUUUGUAAUUGAAUGGUGGUAUUUGACACUCACAGGUCAGAGAGGAGUGUGUGACGUCCACAGUGGUCCUCAUAUCCUAAACUAAAUUACAUGAAGGACUUAAAAUAGCCCCGGUUUGGUGUUUGCUCAAUUAGGAUGUGUCAGGGGUGUAUAGAUAAGUUCAUGACCUCACCAUUUUGCCUCUGACCCCUUUCUGUUCCCUAUCAUUAAUGUUUUAUUGAACUGAUGUGAUUGAGGGGGUAUAAAAGUAAGAAAUGAGCUUGGAGCUUCUCCUACAGCUUCAGUAUUAUCAGACUAAAUCCAGGCACGGUGAUCAUCAGCAUCAUGAUCAACGAGCGUCUCCUGAUUCUCACACUCACCUGCUAUGUCUUUGUCUGGAUCGGAAACUGCGAAGAUUUAGUUGAGAUCCGUUCAGUUGAAGAUGACAUCAAGGCGCAGGAGGAAAAAGAGCUGAUCGAAGCUCUUCAGGAGGUCCUUGAAAAACUGAGGAAUAAACAAAGUCCAUCCACUGAGAAGAGGUUAGGCUGGGUUCCUUCGUGUGAUGCAGGUGAACAGUGUGCCAUUCGUAAAGGCGCUCGUUUUGGGAAGGUGUGUACCUGUCCUGAUGGAACCACAUGCAGCUUCUCCAUCCUGAAGUGUUUGUGAGACGAUGUGGCUUUUCUCCUUCACUAUACCUCCCAACUGUAAAUAGUGGCAUCCAUAAAUAAAAUAAAUGCAUUUUAUAAAUA